AUGCUUCCCCUCAGCCCCGAAGAAGUGACUGUGGAAUGGAUGUCCAAUACACUGGGCCAGAGGGUCAAGACGGUUGAGUAUACUGGGGCCAUUCAUACGACUGCGAGUAAACUUUUCGUCACGGUGAAGUACGAGGACGAGAAAGAAGACGAUGGCUCCAGACCAGCCAAGCUGUGUAUCAAAGGGGGCUUCACAGAUAUGGCAGAACGGUUCCCCUGGAUCAUCUUGAUCUAUCAAAGAGAGGUGGAAUUUUUCAACAGAAUUGCCCCGACGCUCAAAGGGCUAGAGCUCCCAAAAUGUUGGUGGGCAAGCUCCGAUGCGAAGCAAGGCAUCGUCGUAAUGGACGACUUGAAUGCCCGGGGCUUCACAUUUGGCGACCCGCAAUUCGAAUGGAGCAUCGAGAAAGUUCUGGCCAGCGUCGAACAGCUAGCCGUUCUGCAUGCUGGAACCUGGGGCGUCAGGGCAGAAGAUUACCCCUGGCUGACAGCAGACUAUGAACACGCAAUUCUGUCACUGGCGGAUACCUACGAACAGACAAUAAACAGCCCUGGUCGCCCACAACUCAUCGAGUCCUUGACGGACCAGAGCCGUGUAAUCGGUGCCCUGAAGAAACACUUCCGGUGUCGAGACCCCAGGUUCCGCUGCCUGCUACACGGUGAUACACAUACGGGGAACACGUUCAUCAAUCCCAGCGGAUCCCCUGGAUUUCUCGACUGGCAGAUGAUACACAUUGGCUCGGCGUUCCACGACGUUGCGUACUUUGUGACGGGUGCGUUGAGCGUCGACAACAGAAGAAAACACGAGGGUCGCAUUAUUGACCAUUAUUUGACUUGUCUGGGUAACCUCAGGGCACCCAAUUUCUCCCGUGAUGAGGUGAUGGUCGAGUAUAGAAAAUCACUAUUGGCUGGCAUAGGAUGGAUCAUGGCUCCAGACUCGAUGCAGUCAAUGGAAAGAACGCUCCCCAUGAUUGGACGAUACGUCGCAGCCAUGGACGAUCACAAGACUAUCGAGCUCAUUGAGUCAGUGCCGGAUACGAAGAGCGGCAGCUAG